CCUUCGUGGCCAUAAAAGCCUUUGGAUAGAGAGAGAGAGAGAGAGAGAGAGAGAGAGAGAGGGAAUGGCGGUGGCAAAAGGGGAGAUGGAGGCGACGGCAUGGGGGAGGAUUCCAUAAAAUGGUGUCGCCAACCAGGACGCAUCUUCGGCGAGAUUCAACACCUCUGCUGUUGCCGCAUAUAACAAGGCCCGAGGCCGCAGAUUUCGGCCGCACUAAUCACACGCACCUUCAUAUACCCACCCCUACGUUCGGCCCCCUCGUUCACCGCCUGUCAUGGUCGAAUGCCACUCGUUGCGCUGCUGUGGAGACAUGUUCGCACCGCCAACGACGAAGCUAGGGUUCCGCCACGCCGUGGUUCCUGUCGGGAGAUGGGGCGGGCGACGGAGCGGCCGGCUGGAUUUGUCGGGUUUGAGACCUUCGUUACUUCGGAUCCAGGCGGCCUUGCCCGGACAGGAGUCGUCGCCCGAGUCGGCGAAGCGGUGCUGUGAUUCCUCUGCUCCAGGAACAUCCAGCUAUGUGUUGUCCACUGUUGGAAAUUCAACAAACAUCUUAUGGCAUGAAUGUCCAGUUGGAAAACGUGAAAGGCAGAAGUUAUUGAGCCAAAAGGGAUGUGUCAUAUGGAUCACAGGUCUCAGUGGUUCAGGUAAAAGCACUCUUGCAUGUGCUUUGAGUCGAGAGUUGCACUACAGAGGUCAUCUUACUUACAUCCUUGAUGGUGACAAUGUUAGACAUGGUCUGAAUCGAGAUCUUAGUUUCAACGGAGAAGAUCGUGCCGAAAACAUACGCAGAGUUGGAGAAGUAGCAAAACUAUUUGCGGAUGCUGGUCUCAUUUGUAUAGCUAGUUUAAUCUCUCCAUAUAGGAAGGAAAGAGAUGCCUGCCGUGCAAUGCUAUCAGAUUCUUCAUUUAUUGAGGUUUUUCUUAAUAUACCUUUGGAGGUCUGUGAGGCAAGAGAUCCAAAAGGUUUAUACAAGCUUGCACGAGCAGGAAAAAUAAAAGGCUUUACCGGGGUAGACGAUCCAUAUGAAUCACCCUUGGAUUGUGAGAUAGUAAUACAACAGAACGAUGGCAAGUGUCCUACUCCAAAAGCUAUGGCUGAGCAAAUCAUUUCGUUCCUCGACAACAAUGGGUUUCUGCAGGCUUAAUGUGACCUGCUGUGUCCACAACUCGUGGACCGAGCGAGAUGUCAAAAUAAUUGCUUGUCUGUAGAUGAUCUCUCUGUCACAUUCUGAUGUACAAGCACAGGUCAUAAAGUCAGAUUAUUUUGUAGUUAUGAUUACCAAAGAAUUAUUUCUAAUGUUAGAGCACUUUGGGUUAUUACUGACCCAUCGAGCAUCUUUAUUCAGAUAGGUGAAUGCAUUAUUACAUUAGUAGGUCUCGUAUUUGAGAUCGCCUAUGAUCAUCAUGUAAACACUAUUCAUUAUGUUCUCCAAAUUUAUGGAAGUAAUGUUGCCAUAUUCCAA